AUGAGCUCAGAGGGCACACAGAGUCUGCAUGCAUCCUUUGAGCAUUUAUCCUUUACGCAGCAGCAGCUGCAGCAACUGCAGCAAUUGCAGCAACAGCAGCAACAAGUACAAUUGCAACAACAACAAGUACAAUUGCAGCAGCAGCAACUGCAACAGCAGCAGCAGCAAGAAGAAGAAGAAGAAGCAGCAGCAGCAGAAGCAGCAGAAGCAGAGAGGCAGCAAGAGCAACAAAGACAAACAAAUAAUAUUUAUUCUCUUAAUGAGAUGGUAGCAGCAUUCGCUAAUAUGAAGCGUCUUAGAGAGGAGCAGCAGCAAUCAUCUCUUUCCUUUGAUAGAAGUGCAGCAAUACCUCCAACAGCAGAUGUAGUAGCAGCAGCAGCAGCAGCAUUAGCAGCAGAUGCUGCUGCUGCUAAUGCUGCAGAUACCCAUGCAUCCCCUAUUACACUACACAGCAGCAGCAGCAGCAGCAGCAGCAGCAGCAGUCUGCAGCAAUUCCUCUUUCAGCAAACAAGGAGCUGCAUUAGUCCUCAGCUGCAGAUGCAGCAGGCAAUAGAGGAGGAGUGCAGCAGCAGCAGCAGCAACAGCAGCAGCAGCAACACUGCAGAAGGACUAGCACACUUAACAGAGAGCCAGUUACAGCUACUACUACUGCAGCAACAGCAGCAACAGCAGCAGCAGCAGCAGCAGGUGCUGCUGACGCAUCAAGAGAAGCAAAGAGAAAGACAUCUACAACAUCUUGCUAACAUAGAAGUCAUACCUGUACUACAAAGGGCUCAGAAGUUACGUCAAUUAGAAGUUGCAUUGACGGUUUAUGAAAUAUUUAAAAGAAGAAAACAAAAAAUGCAAAAAGAUGUUUGUCUUCUUCUUGUACAAUGUGCACUCGCGUCUGGUGCAUAUGAGCAAGGAAUAAAUUGGUUAAUAGAAUUUAUAGAGGAAGGAAUAUGUAUAGAUGGUGUAUGGUUAGAUAGGGUACUAGCAGCAACAUAUGUUAGUUAUCCUUAUUUGCUGCAGGGUUUGCUGCAGCAGCUGCAGUCUUUGCUGCUGCGUAAUAAAUUACCUAUUGAUUGUAUACCUAUUGUACAUAAGGCAGGAAGUUAUGUUGCAUUAUCUGCUAUUCAUGCUGCUAAUGCUGCUAAUAAUAAUAAUAUACAACAGCAGCAGCAACAGCAACAGGAACAGCAGCAACAGCAGCAACAACAGCAACAAAUUCUGCUGCAGCAGCAACUUUUUAUGCAGCAACAGCAGCAGCAGCAACAACAACAACAGAUGUGGACUCCUAUGAAUAGUCCACAGGCAGAAGAAGAAGAAGAGGGAGAAGAAGAAGAAGGAGAAGUUAAUGAUGCAGCAGCAGCAGCAGCAGCAGCAGCAGCAGCAGCAGGUGCUGCUGCUCAUGAUGAUCAUCAUCAUUAUCAUGUUGCUGAGGGAGAAGAAGGUGCUGCAGUAGAUAGCCAACAGCCAGAAGCAGCAGCAGCAGCAGCAGAAUCAGCAGCAGCAGCAGCAGCAGCAGAUGCGUCGUCAGGUUCUCUAAAGGAAGAAGAAAAUGCCCAAGAAACAGCAGCAGCAACAGCAACGACAGAAUCAGCUGUUGUUGCUGCUGCUGCAGCUGCUGCAGCACAAGACGAGACAACAACAGCUGUGCUUGACGCAGCAGCAGGUGAAUCAGAAGUAUCAGAGAAAGCAGCAGCAGCAGCAACAGCAACAGCAGCAACAGCAACAGCAGCAACAUCUGCUGCUGCCACAAAUGGUACGCAGACACCCACCACAGCAGCAGCCGCUGCAGCAGCUGCAGCAGCAGCAGCAGCAGCAGCAGCAGAUAGUAAUCAGAAGAGACUGAAUCCAAAUGCCCCUGAAUUCGUGCCUGCUUUCCCUUUCCCAUUGCUGCAGCAGCAGCAGCUGAAGACGAUGAAGCAGCAGCAGCAGCAGCAGCAGCAACAGCAGCAGCAGCAGCCAAAGCAGCAACAGCAGCUUGGACUCACCCACCACCUGGCUUCGAGGAGCUACCUAAGGCAAGUAAGCUCACCGGCAGCAGCAGCAGCUGCUGCAGCAGGAGCAGCAGCAGAAGCAGCAAAAGAGAAGGAUACGAAGACAGUGGAUCAGCAGCAGCAGCAGCAGCAAGACGCAGCAGCAGCAGCAGCAGGUGGAUAUGAUAACUGCCCGCAGAAGCAAAGACUUCGCAUGCUGCUGCAGCAGCAGCUGCAACAUCAGCAGCAGCAGCAAACAAAGCUUGCUCACAUACAACAGGUACAGGAGCAGCAGCAGCAGCAGCAGAAGCAGUGGCAGCAAAAGAGCUGGCAGCAGCAGCAGCAGCAGCAGCAGCAGCAGCAGCAUAGGGGUGCCCUAUGGCGUCCUCAUAAUGAGUUAUCUGCAACAUGGCGACCCCGCAUAGAUCGUCAGCAGCAGAUAGAGGCAUUAGAGAGGCAGCAGCAGCAGCAGCAGCAGCAGCAGCAGCAGCAGAAGCAGAAGCAAAAAAACAGCAGCGCAGCAGCACAUAACUCUAGUCGUCUACGUCUUGCUCAGGCAAUCAUUACUAGUCUAUCUGCUAAUAACCGCAGCAGCAUCAGCAGCAGCAGCAGCAGCAACAGCAGCAGCACUACAAGCGCCCCACAGCCUCAGGCAGCGGUGCAGCAGUAA